AUGGCCACGAUGAACGUGUCCGCUCAGGAUGAGCAGGAUAAGUGGCUCGCAGAUGCGUCGAGCCUGGUGAAACAGUACGCUUUCUACAUGAAGCGCGCGCUGGACGACAACAACCUGCGCGAGGCGCUCAAGCAGGGCUCGCUCAUGCUCGGCGAGCUGCGUACGAUCGCGCUGAGCCCGCAGAAGUACUACGAGCUGUACAUGCAGGUGUGGAACGAGCUGAGGCAUCUGGAGGCGUUCUUCGGAGAGGAGGCCAGGCACGGCAAAUCCAACCUGGAACUCUACGAGCUCGUGCAGCACGCGGGGAACAUCCUACCGCGCCUGUACCUCCUCAUCACCGUCGGCGUCGUGUACAUCAAGAGCAAGGACGGGGCCGCGAAGGACGUGCUCAAAGAUCUCGUGGAGAUGGCCAAGGGGGUGCAGCAGCCCAUCCACGGGCUGUUCCUCAGGACGUACCUCAGCCAGGCGAGCAAGACGCUGCUGCCGGACACCGGCAGCGAGUACGAGGGCAACGGCGGGAACGUCAACGACGCGGUCGAGUUUGUCCUCCAGAACUUCACGGAGAUGAACAAGCUGUGGGUGCGGAUGCAGCACGGCGGCGGAAAUCGCGACCGAGAGAGAAGAGAGAAGGAGCGCCGCGAGCUGCGAGACUUGGUGGGUAAGAACCUGCUGGUGCUGACGCAGCUGGAGGGCAUGACGCUCGACCUGUACAAAGGGACCGUCCUGCCGAGGGUCCUCGAGCAGGUCAUCAACUGCAAGGACGACAUCGCGCAGCCGUACCUGCUGGACGCGCUCAUCCAGGUUUUCCCCGACGAGUUUCACGUCCAAACGCUGGAUGCGUUCCUAGAGGCGUGCCCCUUGCUCAAGCCCACGGUGAAGAUCGGCAACGUCCUCGCGUCGCUGAUGGAGAGGCUCGCGUCCUCCGCGCGGGAUAACCCGGAGAUUGUGGCGCAGUUUGUGGCGGUGGAAGCGUUUGGCAAAUUGAGCGCGGGGUGCAAGAGCAUCAUCGCCUCGCAGCCGUCGAUGGACGCCCACGACAGGCUGCAGAUGCACGCGGCGCUCAUGGGGUUCGUGACGGCCGUGCACAGGGACCGGUUGGACUACGUGGACGACGUGCUGGGCGCUUGCGCGGAUGCUCUCAACGCGCCAGGCGGCGGCGACGAGAAGGAUUCAAAGGAAAAUUCAUCGGAUGAGCGCGUCGACCGGGGCGGGAUCGAUGGCGGCGCCGAGGACGCCGGCCCGCCGAUGAUCGUCUCGGACCAGAAGGGCGUGCGUCAGCUUCACGCGCUGCUCACCGUGCCACUCGACACCUACGACGUCGUGUCUGUGCUCGGCCUUUCCAACUACCCUCGGGUGAUGUCGCUGCUGCAGCCGGCGAACCUGCGGCAGAUGGCGAUGACCAUCGUCAAGUCGGUGAUCCGCGAGCCGGAGGGCGCGGUAUCCGACGCGACGCAGGCGGAGACUCUGUUCAGGUUCAUCUCGGUCCUGAUCAAGGACCGGGAGGGCGUCGCGGAGGAGGUUGACGAGGAGGAUUUCGAGGAGGAGCAAAACGCGGUGGCUCGGCUCGUGCACGCGCUGCAAUCGGGGGACAGCGACACCCAGUACCGACUGCUGGUGGCGUCGAGGAAGCAUUUCGGACAGGGCGGCCCCAGACGGCUGAAGCACACGCUCCCGCCGCUCGCGCACGAGGCCAUGCGCCUCGGACGGUCGCUGCUCGCGAGGGCGAGAGCCGAUUCGGGUUCCGGCGAUUCGGGAGCGGCGGCGGCGGCGGCGGCGGCGACGGGCCCGAUGGGCCCCGCGCUGAAGAAGAUCCUCCAAUUUCUCCACCAGACCAUCUCCGCGCUGGCGGCGGCGCCGGUGUCGAGGCACGAGCCGGCCAUGCGAUUGUUCCUCGAGGCGGCACAGCUGGCGGACGCCUCCGGGAUGGAGCCCGUCGCGUAUGAAUUUUUUGAGCGCGCGAUGACGAUUUACGAGGAUGAAAUCUCGGACUCGGCGGCGCAGAGGAGCGCGCUGUCCUGCGUCGUCGGGGCCCUGCACUCGUGCGUCGGGUUCACCGCCGAGUCGCGCGAGUCCCUCGUGCACAAGACCACCGCGUACAGCGCGAGGUUGCUCAAGAAGCCCGAUCAGGUGAGGGCGGUUUCGGACUGCGCGCACCUGUUUUGGGGCCCCGACGGCGUCGACGGAGCCGCGCGGGACGCCACCUCGACGGUGACGUGCCUCAAGAAGGCGCUGAAGAUCGCGGGUGGGGUGCAGCAGGCGUCGCUGGGCGGCGUCGGAGGCGGCGGCGGGGACGCCCUUCGGCUGUUCAUCGAGGUGCUGAACAAGUACCUCUACUUUUUCGAGCGAGGCUGCCCCGGGGUGGACGCGUCGAUCUUGCAGGGACUGCUGGAGAUCAUCAACGGCGAGCUCGCGGGGGAGGAGCACGGGGUGGCGCCGGACAUCCAGGCGUACUACGGCGCGACGGUGAGGCACAUCAAGCACCAGAAGCUGAAGGGUGGGGAGAUCGGGGCGAGGUACCAGGCCAUCUCGCUGUGAAAAUUUCACCGUACGUCGAGACGGAGCAGAAGCGAUUUUUUCAAAACACAUCGUAGUCCACUUCGACGUCG